AUGACUGCAGGAAUGCGCAUAAAACGAAUCGAAAUAGAUGGCUUCAAAUCAUAUGCCCAGCGACAGAUUAUUGAUGGCUUCGAUGCACAAUUUAAUGCAAUCACAGGUUUAAACGGUUCAGGCAAAUCAAAUAUCCUCGAUGCUAUUUGUUUCGUCCUUGGUAUUUCUAAUUUGAGUCAGGUUCGUGCUGCGCAGCUUUCGGAUCUCGUUUAUAAACAGGGCCAAGCUGGUAUUAGUAAGGCUACAGUAACAAUUACAUUUGAUAACACAGACACCUCUAAUCGACCCGUUGGCUUUGAUAAAUAUGAUGAAAUUAUUGUUCGACGACAAAUAGUAAUAAAUGGUCGAAAUACAUACACCAUCAAUGGAGCUGCAGCAACAAAUAGCAGAGUUGCAGAUAUGUUUCGGACAGUUGGUUUGAAUGUAAAUAAUCCACAUUUCUUAAUUAUGCAAGGACGUAUUACAAAGGUCCUGAAUAUGAAACCAAUGGAGAUCGUUGGAAUGAUCGAAGAAGCGGCUGGAACACGAAUGUAUGAAGCAAAAAAGCAAAGCGCUGUACGUACAAUAGAAAAAAAAGAAGGCAAAAUGGCUGAAAUAAAACAGCUGAUGGAAGAAGACAUCCUUCCACAAGUAGAGAAAUUGAAACGAGACCGAAGUAAUUUCCUUGAAUAUCAGAAAAUUGGCAGGGAGUUGGAAGCACUUCAACGAAAGCUUAUCGCAUUUGAUUUCAUGAGCUCAUUGACUCACAGCCAUACGUUACAAGACGAUAUAACUAGCGUGAAAGAUCGAAUUCGCGAAGUAGACAAGGACAUUUAUGACGCGAAAGAAGAAUUGGAUCGGAAAGAACUCCGACUUAAAGAACUUGAAGAUAAUAAGAAUAAUAAAACGGGAUGGGAAAGGAAGGAAAUUGAAAAUCGUAUUAAAAAUGCUAUGGCAGCAUUAACAGCAGCAGAAGCAGGUCGUGAUGCUAUGCUUGAUAAAGAGAAAGAAACGAGAACAGCUAUUGACCGCAAAACUAAAAGCAUUCAGUCGGAUAAGAAUGAAUUAGAAAAGAAAUGCCGUGAACUUAAAAAACUUGAAACUGAAAUUGGUGGUGAAGAAAAGCGUGGUAAGGAAGCAGAGGAAGCAGUAAAGCGUGCACGGAAUAAAUUGGAAGCGUUGGCGAAAGGCAUGAUCACUGAUGAAGAUGGACACGCCGUUACUUUGGAUGCUCAAUUAACAGCUCAGCGAAGCGCACUAAGUGCGUUGGAAACGAAGAUAAAAACAGCUCAAAUGAGAUUGAAACAACUAGAACCAUUGUUAGCGAAAAAGAAAGACGAAUUAAAUGCAAUAACCAAUCAGGCCGACUCAGAAGAACGCGAACGAUCAAAUUUGGAGCAGCAAAUGCGAUCCAUAGAGACUAAAUUAAAUGGACUAAAUUUCAAUGAAGAAACUGGACUUCAAAUUGCUAACGAACGUCGAACUCUUGCUGCAGAACGCAGUGCUUUGGCCGAUGCUGUAAUGGAUUUUGAGGCUCGGAAUCCAUAUUUAAAAUUCGACUAUUCGGAUCCGUACCCAAAUUUCGAUCGUCGUUUAGUUAAUGGGAUUGUUGCUAAAUUGUUCCGAAUUCGUGAUUUUCGAUUUGCAACUGCUUUGGAAGUUGCUGGUGGUGGAGCCCUGUAUAAUAUCAUAGUACGAAAUGCAAAAGUUGGCCGGGAUUUGUUGAAAAGUGGUAAUUUGAGACAUCGAGUAACUAUUCUGCCUUUGGAUAAAAUCGAAGGUCGAGCGCUUGACAAUCGUAAAUUGCAGCGAGCACGGGACUUGGUUGGCAAGGAAAAUGUUUUCAUAGCAAAAGAUUUAAUUGAAUAUGAACCUGAACUUGAAUCAGCCAUGCGUCAUGUGUUUGGCAAUGUCUUCAUAUGCACAAGUGACAAUGAUGCAAAAAAGGUAACAUUUGAUGCUCAGAUUAAUACAAGAUCAGUAUCUUUGGCUGGUUGUGAUUUCAGUCCUGGUGGUGUGCUCACUGGAGGAUCUCGUAGUAACAAGUCUGCUCUUUUAACAUCUUUGGACGCCACAACAAAAAAUAUUGAGCGUAUCACUGCAAUCGACUGUCAUUUACAUCAAUUGGAAGAUCAGUUAAAAAUAUUGGCACCAAUUCGACAGCAGUACAUUGAACUUAGUGGCGAACAUGGACAGUGUUCUAGACGUCUUCAAGCUAUCAAAGAUAAUAUGAAACACAGCGCUGCUCAAAUUUUACGAAAUGAAAUUAAUGACAUUGAAUCGGAAAUUCCACAGUAUCGAGACACAGUAGAAAAUGGCAACGUGGAACGGAGAAAACUAGAAGAGAAGAUAACUGUUUUAAAUGAGCGGAAAAAAAAUGAAAAAAUGUUCCAGGAAAAAGAGAAGAAAGAAGCUCAAAAAGAUUUAGGUACGGCAGAAAAAGAAUUAGCAAGUUUGAAAAGCAGUUUUGAAAAAGCAAGAGUUUCUCUCGAGACGUUGAGAGAAGAAAUAACUUCAUUGCAAAAGACAGUAGCUGAAGACGAAGAGGAAUUAUCAGUUUUUCUAAAGGAAACUAAACGGGGUGUCGAAGAGAUGACUGUUUUGGAAGGGAACGUUGCGAAAGCUAAGGAAGAAGCGGAAGAGGCGAAAAAAGAAAUGCAGAAGUUCACGGAAAGAAUGCGUGAACGUGAUGCUUACAUACGAUCUGUAGUAGAAAUGGUGAAUGCACUUAAGAAAAGCUUGAAAGAAUCUGAUCUUAAAAAAGAACAACUACAGAAAGAUAUCCAGGAUAUGAAAAAGAAUGUAGAAGAUUGUUCUAGAAGGGCAGCUAGACUAGAGAAGCAGCACAGUUGGAUUAUGGAAGAAAAACACCAUUUUGGCCAAGCUGGUACUGCAUAUGAUUUUACCGAUUAUUCCAUCGAAAAGGGUCAUAAAGAAUUGGAGGACAGGACUACUCGAAAACAUGCACUGGAAAGAAGUAUCAAUGCAAAAGCAAUGAAUAUGUUAGGAACAGCGGAAGAGCAAUGUCGACAACUGGAAGCCAAAAUGGAGCAGUUGAUGAAUGAUAAAGCGAAAUUGCUAGAUGCAAUUGAAAAAUUGGAUAUCAAAAAGAAAAAUGAAAUUAUUAAAGCUCAUGAAAAAGUAAAUCGAGACUUUGGUAACAUUUUUUCUACGUUACUGCCUGGUACAAGUGCAAAACUGGAACCUCCUUCAGGUGCCACUUCCGCGUUAGGUGGUUUGGAAGUAAAAGUUGCUUUCAGAAACAAAUGGAAAGAUUCACUUGGCGAAUUGAGUGGUGGUCAGCGUUCUUUAGUAGCCUUAUCGCUAGUAUUAGCGAUGUUAAAGUUCAAACCUGCUCCAAUUUAUAUCCUGGAUGAAGUUGAUGCUGCGCUCGAUUUGUCACACACUCAAAAUAUUGGUGCCAUGAUCAAAACACAUUUCAAAGAAUCACAGUUUAUAAUAGUAUCGUUAAAAGAUGGAAUGUUCAACCACGCAAAUGUGCUUUUCAAAACCCGAUUUAUUGAUGGCACCUCUACAGUAAUUCGUACAGAGAACAAGGAUCAGUGGAUUAUCGAUGAGCCGAUGGAAAUACGUGGUAUUGAAAAAGAGAAUGAUAGUAAUAUUCCGAGAAAACGAAGAAAAGAAUGA